AUGUCAUCUCCUACUGCGACCCCUCCCUCCCAAGUCGUAUCACCACCCGAUGACGCUCUUUCCUCCGUCGUCAGAGACCUCCGCGCGGCUCAUCCUUCGUUGGGUGUUCCAAAGCUUCUUGCUCAGCUCAAGACGGAACAUAUGGAUUGGGCAGUAUCGGAGAAACGUUUGAGGAAGAUUAUCUCUUCUCUAAACCCCCCGCAAGUUGAGCAAGCUCAUCAUCAUGUUCACGGUGAACAAUGUUCGCAUGACCAUGACCAUGACCAUGACCACCAUCAUAGCCAUGCUCAUGAUCAUGGCCACGCGCACAAUCACAACCACGACCAUCACCAUGAUCACGAGCAUGACCAUGACCACGAACACGGCCAUGACCACGAACACGGCCAUGAUCACGAUCAUUCUCACCACAAUCACGAUCACGAUCACGGUGCUAUUGUCGAAACCACAAGAACCAACCUCAUCGCUACGACGGGAUUGGAUCCUACCUUAGACGUCAACUCCAUCGCACCAAAAGUGAAAGCUAGGAUGUUCUCUGAUGGACGGGGUAAAGGUCUAGUUGCAAAGCAGAGAAUCCUUCAAGGAGAGGUGUUGUGGCAAGAGGAACCUUGGGUCGUCACUGCGGAUGCAAACCUCUACCCAUUCCUCCUCUCUCAGCGCAUGUGCACUCAAUGCUUCGCCAUGUUUUCCCGUCCCAAUCCUCCCCUCUCUGUCCCAUGCGGGUCAUGCGACAUGGCCCAUUUCUGUAAUCGUCUUUGUCUCUCCAAAGCCAGAGCUUCGGGGGCCCAUCAUGAUCUUCUCUGUCCUGGACAAAACCCUGCUGCUAUGGAGCUUCUCACUCUGAUCCAUAAACAGGGAAGCAGACCUUUGGAAGCUGUAUCCCGGAUAAUCGCCAAGUGGAGAGGGGAGAGGGAAUGGGGUGGGUUGGAAAAGGGUGAAGAAGUUAGAAAACGUGUGUGGGGAGGUAUGGCUCGUGUGAGUGAGUUAGAGAAAGAGAGUCAGAUGAGGGAGUGGGAAUUUAUCGGUGAACUCAGAUUGAAAGAAUGGCAUCACGCCCACGAAUUAUUAAUCAAAGUGUUGAACCCACCUUCAGACGAUCCAGGCUACAAAGCAUUUCACAAACUCUUAACAUCACGUAGACCGAAGAAGCUUCAAGCCGUGCCGCUUAGUGCGGAGGAAGCAGCACAAUGGUUUUCUUUCGAUAGUUUUCUUGAAUUACUAGGAUUGGUAGGGUUGAACCAAGAAGAUUCCGGAGGGAUUUAUGCUUUGCAUGCUCAUUUCAAUCAUUCAUGUGAUCCAAAUAUACAAGCUCGUAACCUUCCUAAAUCUUUUACCCCUCCAACAUCAUCCGAACUCCCUCGUGAGAUUCCACCUCCCAAUGCCCAAGGUGUGAGAGGGACAAACAAACUCACGAUGCUCGCUCGACGUAAUAUAAACCCCGGUGAAGAACUCACACUUUCAUACGUCAAUAUAGCAUUACCGAAAUGGCAUCGACGUCGUUUGUUAAGGGAACAAUACGGGUUUUGGUGUUCUUGUCCUCGUUGUGGAAGAGAGAAAGAGGAACCUCCUCAGAACAAAAUGAUGAAUGGAGGAAAGUCUCGUGAUGAGGUAGAAGCUGAGGAUAUAGUGAGGAGGAUCCAAGAGAUGAGUAUGGCAGAAUCUCAGGGUGGAACCGAUGAUACGAAAGAAACGAUAGAGACGGAAGGUGAGAAAAGUGAAGAAAAGGUGAAUGGUACGAGUACGGAAGAAGUGGGUGUAGAGAGACAAGAGGUGUUGGCUGCUUAGUAAAGUUAAAUGACAGUACAUCAGUUGAAUCUCACCAUGCAAAUUUGCUUUUUGU